UUUUGGUUUCUUUAAGAGAUGCACUUCACUUCAAUGUUUAGAUCAUAGCUUCUCUGGCAGAGUAAUCGGAAUAACAUAACAAUGGCACAGACAGUUACCAGUCAGCCUACUUCUAUUGCAGUGGUAGGAACAAAUCAAUGGAGCACAGGAGUCGUGAGCUGUUGCGCUGAUUUGCCCAUCUGUGUACUUGGAACAUUCUGUCCACUAAUAUUGGGAUGUUAUGCAGCUGAUCGUUAUGGAGAAAAUCCUCUUCUGGCUGUGGUUCCUGGAGGCAUGACAGCCAUGAGAACUCAUAUGCGUCUUAGUUAUGGGAUUGAGGGAACCCUAUGUAAUGAUGCCUUGAUGGUAUGCUGCUGUCAUGUGUGUGAAGUAUGCAGAAUGGCUCGUGAAGUUCGAAUCCAAACUAGGGCCAGUCAUUAAACAACAUUUUGUGUUUUGACUUUUCCACCACUGGAUUUUUUUUCAUGUAAAUGUUUAAUUCCCUGCUGUAUUAAAAUGUUAUUUCCUUGUCUAAAAAAUAAAUAAAUGCUGCUUUAUGUCCUGCUUA